AAUUUCACAGCCACAUUUCUUUGGCACAGCGGCGGCACACUUAAUCCAGCAGGACGUUGUUCCUGCACUCUCCAUCCAAACCCUCAUCCCAUCUUCAUCCAGCCAACCCUUUGGCUGACCCUGCACAAUUGCGUACGCUGUUCGGCAGUUCUUCUUUGGGAAAUGUUUUUCAAAGAUUAACAUUGGCAGCAGCUUUUCUCCAUCAGCAGCACAUGCCAACACAGCAGUAUGGGAGCGAUGGGGCAGGAGUUCCACGUCGUGCGCUGCUUCUCCUGCGCCGCCUUCCAGACCCAGCAAGUUCGCAAAGAUAAAAAGUUCGUCUGCAAGCUGUGCGGGGAGAAACAGUCCGUCAGAAAGGAGUAUGGCCGGGGGUCAGGGAAGGACUGCAGGGUACAUGUACAGAAGCUGAACACCAUGAGGAGAAGCAUGGAGGAGGAGCAGGAGGCAGCACUGGAGGCCACGCUGGAAGAGGAGUGUGAGGUGCAGACUCCGGGACACAUGGCCAGGGAAGAUGCAAAGCAUUCAACACCUGCCAUCUCCUCAUGUGCAUGAAUGAGAUAUUCGACAACUAUAUGAGGGGGCGGCUGCUGGACAUGGCCCUGGGAAGGAAACGCCACCAAACCUUCCUACUGUCACCUAAGGAUGCGUUCUCCAUUCAUAGAGAUGGGGAACGCUACCUAGUGUCUAGUGCAUCCCAUGAUGGCAUAACAUAUGUCGUCGAUCUUGACAUCGGACUUUGCGAAUGCCCGCAAGGCAUGACCGGCGGCAUAUGCAAACACCAAGUGGCUUGCUCCGAGAGGGACCUCGUCAAACUCCCUCAAGUCUUCCUCGACUGAGCGGAGCGACGCCGAUGGCUGGCAUGCAUAGCCGUAGGGGAAAAGGCACCACCCCUGGAGUUCUUUGCUGAGUUUGGCAAAGAAACCCCAUUGCUAUCAGAGAGCACGGUGCCAAUCCCUGACACCGGCGUUGCCAAGGAGACAGAUGGAAAAUCAAAAAUAUUUGAUAACGCAUUCAACGCGUACUGUGACGGGGAAUCCUUGGAGGGCACGGAUGUCGAGAGCUUAAUAGGCGAGCUUCGUAAUUGCAUAGAAAAGUACGCAGACACGGAAACUCCGUCCGUGCUCGGCUCCUUUAAAAAACAAGUAAGAGCAGUCCGCUCAUCAAAUACCCUUAAUAGUUUAUUUCCGGGCAUGGGGAUGCCUUUCAAAGCAGCAGGCAGGGGCAAAUUCCCAUGCCAGCCAACUUGUGUGUCACGCCGCAAAAUGGGAAUGCCCAGAGGUGCAUCUCCCCUAGCGAAGGGGAGAAGAAGGGUUGGCAGCAUUCCAGAAGGCGCCCCAAAACGAAAAAGAAGCCUGGCAGCGAAUGUUCUGCUUAAUCAGGCAAACUAAAAAAAAAAACACUAACGCAUGACCCCAUAAUAAUAAGAAUAACAUAAUAACAUAAGAACGUAAUGAAUGUAAUGUAUUUUUCUAGUAAAACUAAAACUGUU